UGUCUUUGUGGUUAUUUAAUAAAAGAUCUGAGAGCAAGUAUAGAGUCACACUCGAGGGUGGAUCAGGACGUCAUUCAAGGUCACUGACAGACAGUAUUAAGAAACAGGAUGUAUUUGUGUCUGCAUAGGAAGGGUGUAUGUAACCAAACAUAGACACAAUAUGUGUGUUCGAGUAUAAGUGCAAUGCAAAUGUGCUAGGCAAAACUUCCUGGUAUAACGAAGGCAUACAAAACAGACAGCUGAGGGCAGAGAAGAUCUAUUCACAAAUCGACACUGUGCUUAAAGAUCUGCCCUCUGACGACCUCCCCCUCUGAACUGACCAUCAUGGAGGUUUUGUACAUGAAUUCCUCUGUGUUCUUCGUCUCUCACAGACCCGGAAACUACACCGACAAUGAGAAGACCGUGUACGAGAGCUGCAAAGACAUGCCUGCGGUUCUCAUUUGGUACCUGGGCCUGCAGCUCAUUAACAUGUUCCUGGGAAUCCCGGCCAACAUCAUGGUGCUGUGGCUCAUUCACAAGAACAAGGGUGACUCGUCCACCUCAGACAUCUUCAUCCUUCAUCUGGCAGUUUUGGAUGUGCUCUUCUGUCUCAUCCUUCCUUUAGAGCUGGCCAACCUAGUCUACCUCACCACCAGCAGCACCUGGUAUGUUCUGCGCUUCUUCUAUGGCAUGAAAGACUCCUCACCUCUCUUCCUUUCUUGUAUCUGCCUGGACCGCUACAUGGCUGUGCUCCACCCCAUCACCUUCACUGGGCUCAAGGACCGUCAGCACCGAGCAGUCCUGGCCUUCAUAGUCUGGGUGAUCACUCUGACCUACGCAGUUGCUAAAUGCAUGGGAACCAUUCACAACUUCGAGAUCUUCACGGUGAUGAUCCUCACAGCCUUCGUCUUCAUGGUGUUCUGCAACAUUGCGAUACUGUGGGCGUUGAAGCAGUCUGGACCUGGCAGAGACGAGAUGCAUCCUGUGAAGAAGAGAGCCUUCAAGAUGGUCCUCAUCAUCUUGGCCAUCAUAGUGUUCAACUACUUCCCACUAGUUGCCCUGUUCCCCUUCAAACACUUCUUCUCUCCUGAUGUGUUUCAUUGCUACAUUUACUAUAUCGCAUUUGGACUGAUGGACUUCAGUAGCAGCAUUCAGCCUAUGCUCUACCUGUCCAAGGAGAAACCAUGCAGCUUCAACUGGUGCCAGACCAGCCAGACCAGCCCGACCAGCCAGACCAGCCAGACCCAAAUCCAGUAAGAGAAUAGGAGAAUAAAUUAUGUUGUCCUGUUGUUGAAAAAAAUGAUUGAUUAACUAUUUAAAAAAUAAUUGGAUCACUCCAAUAAACAGAUUUGUUUAGAUUUGUGCAGAUGGAAAUUUUGUGUGUUUUUUUAAGACAACUGUUUGACAAUUUGGGAAAUAUGCUUAUUCACUUCUGUCAGCAGAACAGAAUGAAGCAAUUAUGUUAUCUGUCCGUUAAAGGUAUCCUGCCAGCAGGAAGUUAGUUUAGCUUAACACAAAGACUGGCAGCUUGGCACCAUCAAAUGUUAAUAAAAUCUUACUGAGAGGACCAGAUCACAAACAUUAAGAAAAAAAAAUCUGGCUUAGCUCCAGCUGUUAGCAACCAUUUAGAUUUGUUUUAGGUUGUAUUUGUCACAGUAGAGUUAGAGAAACAACAGAUGAAACGAUUAGUUAUUUCAUCAUUAGUUGAGCCAUAGAACAUUAACCAACAAUUUUGAUAACUGCUUAAUCAUUUAGGUGUUUAGUGCAAAACUAAUUACUACUUCCAGCUUCUCAAAUAUCUAGAUUUUUUAAACUAAAUAUAGAAUUAUAGAAAAAAAUAGUUUGUGUUUUUGGACUUAAUAAUAAUUGAAUUUCAAGGUGUAACCUUGGCCUCUAGGAAAUUGUGACAAUUGAAAUUUUUCAGACUAAAGAAUUCAUUGGAAAACUAAUCAUCAGAUCAAUAACUGAAAAUAACUGUUGCGGUGAGAGAUACCAGAUCUCUUUCCACUCAAAUAUAAAGGAGUUAAAUCAACAGGAAGGUGUCUUUCCACAAAUAUGGUCCUAGAAGACAGCUUAUAGUCUAUUCUGUGGAUAAUUUAGAGAAAUUCUAUAUAUCUGAAUGGCCUGCUACAUUCCCCCAGAGGUACAUAAGAAAAUGUUAUUUUUAUGUUUUGGAUGAACUGACUCUUUAAAGUGCCACUCAGUAGAAAAUGUAAGUACUAAAAAUAUAAUCCUCAUGUACUUCAGCUGUCAGCAAAGCGAACUCCUCAUGAAUCUGUUUCACAAUGUGUUGUAAAAAACAAAUCGUCAUGUUUGAUGAGCAUUUACAGCGUCAAAAUCUAUAUACUUAGCUGUAUUUGCUUUUCUGGUUGCACUGAAUAUGUAAAGAUCUCACAGAAUGUAUUUGAAUGUACUUGUGCUUUGUAGUUUAGUGAACAAAGGUUUUUUGCACACUGUCGACCGUUUCAAAUAAAAUAUACUUAAGUGUAAAAAAGACAUACAAACUCUUUCAGU